AUGGUGUGGUUGUUCGGCGCCUCACGUCUCGAAGAAGUCACCACUCAAACAAUUCUGCCGUCCUUCGAAUCUUAUCGUGUGACCGCUAUACUUCUACAUCGCCCAACUCAAGGUCCUGUUUCUGUUUCAUCGUUCAACCUAGGUUUCACUCUAUACGCUCGCCUUUAUCAGCCUGGUUUCGUUCUCCAACUUUCGCCCAAACUCAACCACGUAUCGUCUUUGGCCACAAUCACCGCCGGACGACGCCCAAUCCCCGGACGCUGCCUAACGUCUGGACGAUAA